ACGGGCCACUCUCUCGCGCCUUUAGAAACCACGAGUACGUAGAUCAAUCUUGAUUGAUUUCUCUCUCCGUCCCGGCCGGCCAUGAGGAGCUCCGUGCACGUGCCAGCCGCGGUAGAGGCGCUGCUGGGCCACCCGGUGGCGGCACUGUCGGAGAGGUCGGCGCCACGGCUAACGCGGCUGCUGGUGAACGUGACAGUGGAGCGGAGCCUGUGGCCGGUGCAUGUGCUGCUGGGCUCCGAUGCCACGGUGGCAGACCUGGCGCGCGCCGCCGUCGACGCCUAUGCCGCCGAGGGGCGCAGGCCGCCGCUCCCCAUCGAUGACGGCGCCACCGACGCGGCGGCGCGGUUCGAGCUGCACCUCUCCAAGUACGCCCUCGACGCUCUUGACCCGGAAGAGAAGGUGCUUGACCUGGGCUCUCGCAACUUCUUCCUCUGCGCCGCCAGGUCGACGCUGGGAUCAGAUCAUCAUCUGCGACUUCGCUCAUCACUGACAUGUCUUGAUGUCUGAAGGAAAAAAGUGUGUGCCAUGUAAAACGAGUUGGCAUGUCGGCCUAUAUAUGUGGAGUAUAUAUAACUCAUGUUCGAUCCUUCUUUGGUUGAUCGGUCUGCCAGAUCCUCUGCAUCAGUGUGUACGUAGUGUUAGCUUAGGUAUACAUACAGUUCGGCCAAGCAACGAUACAUACAGAUACAUGUCCGGCGUAUUUACGAGCUCAAGAUAUGUACGUGGCGACGCUGUAUGUAUACAGCUGCAAGAUGCAACGUUUAUGUAUGUACCUAGUGCCAUGA